AACUUCCAAAGGUAAAAUUAGAAGAAAAUAUUGUACAGGAUGGCGAAAGAUUGCGCUUUACUGCACACAUAUUUUCAAAAGAGGACCCAAAGUCCCUAAAAUGGCUUAAAGACGGAAAAGAACUGGAAUAUGCAAAUGAUGGAAAGUUUGAAAGAAAAGACAGUUACAAGAAAAUGUCCAUUUUAUAUAUUAAUAAUCUGGGAAAAGAAGACGAAGGUGAAUACACUGCUCUUGUAACAACAAGCAUUGGUGCUCAUGUCAGAGAAAGUAUUUCAUUCAAACUCCCCGAAGAUCCUCCUAAGGUUGAACUAAAGAUGGAAAAAUACCUGACAUCCGUUACGUUUAGAGCAGAAGUUAUUUCAAAGUGGCCUGUCCAAAAAUGGGUUUGGUAUAAGGACGGGAACAUCAUAAAGGAGAGAAAUUACAAAUUUCAGGAAGACACAUGUACAUCUAGCGUUCGACGGCGUAAUCUAAUGAUUACGGACUUAGAAGAAAGCGAUUAUGGAUUUUAUAGCCUAAUGGUCAUAACAAUUGGAGGAAGAAAUGAAAGUACUAGACAAUUACUAAAGGAGGAUGCUCCGGAAGUUAAACUUGAGCUAAAAAUAAUUGAAAAGAGAAAAAGGUGAGAAUUUUUCAAGGGGUAACCCCAAAGAGCUUGCACUUAACCUGAAAUGGUUUCACAACAGCCAUGAAAUUGUCUUCCAAAAUCAGACCAAAUAUACAGAAACAACUGGCGUCAACAAUGUCUUUAUUUUGGGAGUCCAUGAUGUUAAUCGUGAAGAUGAGGGAAACUUCAGUGUUCGCAUGAGUAACAGAUCAGGGAAGACCACUUGUAAAUCGGUGUUGUUUCAUAUAACUGAAGAUUUGCCGAGUGUAUUGUUAUUAUUCUCAAAGAAGG